CGUGCCGUGACGCGCGGGCGGCGCAGCCAAUGGGAGCCGCGCGUGGUUUUCAAACGGGGCCCGGCGGCGGCGCGCGGGGAAGCGGCGGUGGGACCGGAGCGGGUCGGGUUGGGCCGGGCCGGGCCGGGACCAUGCGAGCAGCGCAGCCGCCCGCCGCGCGGCGGUCCGGGCGCGCCCCGCUGCGGGAGCUGCGGCUGCAACCGGGUACCGAGCGCACCUGCCUCACGCCGCUGCUGCGUCGCCUGCGGCUCAAGGACCAUGAUGGCAACAGCCCAGGGCCGUGCACCCCGGGGCCCCCUGGCAGCACCCCCCUGCGGCCAUGCACCCCGGGGCCAUGCACCCCAGGACCCCCCAGCAGCACCACCCCGGGGCCAUGCACCCCAGAGCCCCCUGGCAGUGUCAGGGCCCUAGAGCCCCCCCUUGGCAGUGCCACCCCAGGGCCCUGCAGCCUGGAGCCCCCCAGCAGUGCCACCCUGCAGCCUGCUGGCAGCACCACCCCAGAGCCCCCUGGCACUGCCACCCCGGGGCCCUGCAGCCUGGAGCCCCCUGAGAGCAUCGCCCCAGAGCCCAGCACUGCAGAGCACGCUGGCAAUGCCACCCUGGAGCCCCCCGGCAGCAGCAUGCCAGGGCCCUGCACACCGGAGCACCCUGGCAAUGCCACCCUGGAGCCCCCCGGCAGCAGCAUGCCAGGGCCCUGCACACCGGAGCACCCUGGCAAUGCCACCCUGGAGCCCCCCAGCAGCACCCCUCUGGGGCCUUGCAACCUGGAGCCCCCCAGCAGCACCCCCUCGGGGCCCUGCACCCCAAGGCCCCCCGGCAGCACCCCGCUGGGCUCCCCUGGCAGCCCCACCCCGGUGCCCUGCACCCCGGGGCCCCCCGGCACCAGCUCCACCCCGCAGGGAGAAGCCCCCUUCCGCGGGUGGCGAGCGGCGCCCGGUGACCUCUCCUGCAGCCCCACGGCGCCCGCCAACCUCUCCUGCAGCCCCGUGGCACCCGAGCACCCGGGCAGCGAUGGGGGUGCCGGUCCCUCCCCCAGGGCACCCGCGUCCCCAACCCCCUCCCCGCCGGAGCAGGACCCCCCUGGGCCCUCUCUGGCCGAGGCGGGUGGGUCGGAGCCGGCGGGGCCGGAGCCGGCAGCCACCCCCACGCCCUCACCCGAGCUGGCCCCGGGCGCCGUGUCCUGGGUGAUGCCGCUGGUGUGGCUGGAGAAGAGCCUCAACGCCUCGGCCCUGCCGGAGUCCCUGCGGCACAGCCUGCCCCCGCCCGUGCCGCGGCGGGAUGCCGGCACCAGCGUCACCCCCGCGCCCGCCGUGCACGCCGGCACCGCCAUGACCCCGCGGGACCCGCUGGAGCAGAGCACCGGCACGUCCGCGGGGGGGGCCGCCCGCGCCAAGGACAGCGCGGCCGAAACGGACUCCCUGCUCUGGCACUGUCCCCGGGAGCAGCUGAGGUCGCUGCCGCGCGCGGAGCUGGAGGGGCGCCUGGAGAGCACCCUCAUCAUCAUCGAGGCACUCUCGCUGCAGCUGCGCGACUGGCAGGAGAGCCAGCGGCCGCUGCCCGGCGUGGGGCCGGCAGCGCAGAGGGACGCGCUCACGCAGACGGCCGUCACCCACCCCGCGGGGGAGCAGGAGAUCUACCACAGCCUCUACGUGGAGCUGCGGAGGAAAACCGAGGCUCUGCAGCGGCAGCGGGCCGUCGAGCAGGACCUGAAGCGGGAACUGGAGCGGGCCACUGAAGGGACGAGCGCCUGGGCUGAGCAGUGCCUCCUGUUUCGGGGCCUCGUGGAUGCGGCUUUCCGGAGCCUGCAGGAGGAUCGGGAAGCCCUGGCCCGGGAGCGCGACCAGCUGAGGAGCGUGGCGUCCCGGUGCGGGGCCCUGCUGCAGAGCGUGCCCGGCAAGCUGCAGGGCUGCCUGGCGGAGCGGGACGCCAUGCGGCAGCGAGCGGACGAAGCCCUUCGAGCCAAGGAGGAGGGAGAUCGCUUCCUGGAGGCCUUCCGCUCCCACGCCAGCGCCCAGAUCAGCACGCGGGAGCAGAGCCUGGCCUCCCAGAGGGAGCUGGGCGCGCUGCUGGCGGAGACCAUCGACCGGCAGGCGUUGCUGGCUGCCGAGGCUCAGCCCUUCCGGGAAUUUGUGGAUGGAGCCCUUGAAAACCUGCGAGAGGAGAGGAGAGCCCUGGAUGAGGAGCGAGACCAGGUGAGGUCCCUGGUGUCCCGGUGCAAGGCCCUGCUGCAGAGCGUGCCCGGCAAGCUGCAGGGCUGCCUGGAGGAGCGGGACGCCAUGAGGCAGCGAGCAGAUGAAGCCCUUCAAGCCAAGGAGGAGGCCUCCCGCCAGCUGGAGGAGACGCUGGUGGCAUUGCAGGACUCGGUGGCUCAGCUGGAGCAGCUGACGGUGGCCAACUCGCGCCUCAGUGCAGACCUGAGCAGCCAGAUGAAGGAGCUGGCCGGCGCGCAGCAGGAGCGGGACGCGCUGCAGCAGGAGAACGAGGACUACAGGGAGGAGACGGCCUGGCUGGCGAGGGAGAGGGAUGCCCUGCAGCAGGAGCGCGACGGGCUGUGCCAGGAGCUGCGGGAGAUGACAGAGUGCCGGGAGUUCAUCGACCAGGAGAACCGCAUGUCCCGCACGCAGCUGAUGGAGGCGGAGGCCAAGCUGAAGUCGGCGCUGGCCGUCCUGCGGGAGCGCAGCCUGCAGCACGAGGAGCUGAAGGACUCGCACCAGUGCCUGCAGGAAGAGCAGGCUGCCCUCUGCAAAGAGCUGGAGAGCGCGAAGGCCGAGCUCCUGGACCUGCAGCUCAAGAGGGCCAAACUCUCCCAGUGCUCUGCGGACGUCGCCGAGAGCAAGGCGAGGCUGCAGGAGCUCGCCGACUGCCUCAGAGCCGCCCUGCAAGAGGAGGAUGAGGGCGCCCCGUCGCGAAGCAGAGCCUGGACCCCGGCUCCGCGGACACCGGGCUGGCGGACACCGGGCUGGCAGACUCCCCGUGGCGCCUGGACCCCCGCCUGCCGCACGCCGGCCUGCCGCACGCCCUACCGCCCCGGGGACUCCUUCGUGGGCAGCGUCCUAAAGGCAGCGUCGGGGAAAGAUGCCGAGGAAGCCACCGGAGGCGGGAGCGCGUUCACCAGGGUCGAACCUGCCUCUACGCCGAAGCGCGCAGAGCCCGAGGACGGCCUGCUGGAGAGCGUCAGGGAGCUGAGGGCCGCCGUCUCCGACCUCGCCGCGCUGAGCUCCCGCGUCCAGGAGCUGGAGCAGAGCGAGUUUGAGGCGCUGCAGACAGAGAUCUCCAACCUGCAGCUGAGGCUGGAGAUGGUGACCGCCGAGAGCCAGGAGAAGACGGACGCCCAGGCCGCCACCAUCGCCAAGCUGAACAAGGCCCUGAGGGGCAAGCUACAGAACGAGAAGGAGCUGCAGGAUGUUGUGAAACAGCAGGAAGAGAAGAUGCUGCAACUCAUUGACAAGAGCGGGGAAGUCACGAGGCUGAAGGGAGAGGUCUCCCAGCUGAAGCGCUCGCUCCAGCGUGCCGAGACGGAGGCCAAGGUGCUGUGGGAGGAGCUGCGAGGGCAGGAGCCCAAGGUGGAUGCCGUCUGCGUCCAGGAGCGGGUGCUGCUGCGGCAGGAGGUGGACAAACUGCGGCUGCUGCUCCUGGAGAAGGAGGAUGAAAGCUCGCUGCUCUCCAACAAGUACCUGGAGCAGAUUCGAGCCCUGGAGCUGAGGCUCUGCCAUGCGCAGAAGGGGCUGCGGAGCCACGAGGAGCUACAGGAGAAGAUGAGAGAGGUCCUGUCGUCCAUCCCCGACGUGGCAGCAGGCUGCCAGGAGCUCCACAGCCUGCUCCGCUACCUGGGCCUGAAGCCGGCCAGCGGCAGCAGGGACGCCGCGGACCCGCUAUAGCCCGUAGCGUGAAACGCUGUGUUCUUAAUGAUGUAAUUAUUUAUUGAGUAAAGUUUGUUAGCCUUU